AUGGGGCGUCGAGGUGUCACCGCGCCUCGGCCAGCCUCGAUACAACUGUUCCCAUACUACACACCGUCCUUUGAUCUGGCGCUCACAGGGGCCAUCGUCUUCGGCUGCCUCGCUGCCGUCCACGGCUGGCUCGCCUUCAAGACCAGGACUGUCUACUUUGGCAUCAGCUCCAAGGCUGCUCUCACAAUGACGAUUGGCAUGAUCCUGCGGAUCGUCUUCGCCACGACGCCCGCCGAGAACGUCACCGUCUUCUCGUGGCCGUUCGCGGCCAUGUCGCUGCUGCUGACCAUGCCCGGGUCCAUCGUCGGGCUGGUGCUCAUGAUGACGCAGACGCGGCUGACGUGGUGGAUCACGCCGGCCCAGGACCGCACACUGGGGAACCUGUGGGUGCCCCCCAUGUACCAGUCGCUGUUCUUCGCCACGCCGCAGGCCGUGGCCGACGCCAUUGGCUUCAUCGGGUCCGGCAUUCUGCUCAUCCGGCCCGCCCCGCCGCACGUGGCCUCGGCCGGCGCCGUCAUGGACAUGCUCGUGUGGAUGGCCCUAGCCGGUGUGGUGCUGCGCUACGCCGUCAUCAGCCGGCGGAGGUGGCCGCCCAUCGAGAGGAGCAUGCGGGACGGGUCGCGCCGGUUGAGCCUGGCGCUGAGUGUCUCGGCGGUGCUGCUUGCGAUCCGCGGCGUCACGCAAGUCCUCGAGCGCGACGCAGCCGCCUCGCUGCAAGCCGACCCUCCCUUAGAGGCCGGAGCCCUGCCCCUACUGGCAACCGAAGAAUGGCCCAUCUACGCCUUUGACUACCUGCCCAUCGCCGCCAUCCUGGUCGUGAUGGCUGUCUACUACCCGGGCUUGUAUCUCCCGCGGCGUCUGACGGGCUUUCGGCUGCGGACCGUGGCGUUGGUUCGCGAAGAAGAAGAGGAAAACCUGUGCAGGUCUGCCGGAGGGACAAGCGCCGAUGGGCUCUCAGGGGGUAUGGAUCUGGAGGAAGGUGGCAAGACAAAGCUCGAUGGCUAG